AUGGGGAGUGACAUGAGUAUGACAUUGCAAUUCAUUGGCAUAUAUGGCGUGAUUGUGACUUGGAUGGUAUAUGUGUUUAUAUUAGAUGCUGUGGUUAUGAUUACGAAUCUGGAAACUGCUAUUAGACACAAAAACGAUGAGCUUCGAGUCUUCUUUUUAGAAUCACUGAGUUUGCCUAAUUUGGAGUUUUUGAUUACGAAUCUGGAAACUGCUAUUAGACACAAAAACGAUGAGCUUCGAGUCUUCUUUUUAGAAUCACUGAGUUUGCCUAAUUUGGAGGCUCAAUGUGCACACCAAGCCCAAGGCACAAACAUCCGGGACCCCAAGGCCAUCAACCAAGCCCUCUGGUCCGGUGCUCAGGUAGAAACCGUGAAGAAAUUCGACGUCGGCUCCAACAAAAAAGAGGCAGCGGCAGCGACAGCCGUGAACGCGAGGAAGCUAGACGAAGCUGGGGAACCGACAGCUCUGGAAAAAGUGUCGGUGGAGGUGAGACAUGCGAUACAGAAGGCGAGGAUUGAGAAGAAGAUGAGCCAAGCCGAGCUUGCCAAACAGAUCAAUGAGAGGCCUCCGGUGGUUCAGGAGUACGAGAACGGCAAGUCCGUGCCUAACCAAGCCGUACUGGCCAAGAUGGAGAGGGUACUCGGAGUCAAGCUUAGAGGAAAAAUAUACCACAAGUGAUAUCAUAUCAUAUAUAUAGUCAGUAAUCAGUAUUAUUCGUUGAAUUUGAAGGCUAGGCAUAGAGUCUCUCUGUUUGUAUGAGCUGUGUUUGUGUGUUGUUUUCUUUAGUGGGUUUGUUUGUAAAUGUUCCUACUUUGAAUAGUCACCCUUGUAAAAAGGUGGGGCUAUUGUUUAUUGAAUUAUUGUUCUAAGUUUCUUAUUUGCUAUCAAAUCAUGUUCAUAUUGAAUUUCUUCAAAAAUAA